CAUGUUUCAUACUCAGGGCAUCGUCUAUUGAAGAUCUACACAGUGCAGACGCAGUUAAAAGUAUACGAUCGACCUACUGUUACAUGCUGUACAUUCAAAGUGUCACAUGUGCUGUGACGUUCAUCAACCAGAGUACCUGAGCCGCUUAUAGUGUUGCUCUAGCAGCUCCUCUCGAAUGCUGUGAGUAUCCAAGACGAUAGUAAGGUACCGGCGAUAACUUGAACAUCCCUUGGAUUCCCUUCUAAAGAACAGCGUGUACCUGUCCUCAAGAAAUUCGGCGUUGGGUGCUGCAAUUGCAAGCGCUCGAGUAACGUACAAAAUCAACAGCUGACAUGUCCUGCGAACAACUUUCUCCCCCGCAGUACUUUCACCAUUCCCCUCUCACUCGUUUGGCUGUGACUUCAACUUGCAAGCCUGGUGAAGCUUGGAUUGUAUGCCAAUCCACUAGUCAUCGCGUUCAGAUACCCGGACUUGCAAGUACAGGAUUUGGAGACUUAUCGAUCCAAUGGUCUUGCCAUCGAGCGACCAGCACAAAGAAUCCGUACCUCUCCUUUCCGUUCAUAUCGUCUCCUCGAUGGCAACCUCUGGUGAUGUUUCAGAUAGCUAUCAAAACAUCUUGGUCGGGCGCAUCUAACUUGCGCAGCCCUUUUGCACAAGGAAGCCAGAUAUUGCCAAACGAAUUCUCUCCCACGUUUCCACACACAUCGCUUUCCCCCAACUCAGGCCCAUAUUUUUCGACUCCCAGGGUUCACAACUCGCAAUCGUCCACUUCACGUACUGAGCUGCCACGACUUGAUAUGAAAUAUCUUCAGAGUACGCAUGGCCAACUUCCCAUCACGCCUGAUUCCCCUCUACACCCCUCCAACUUUGGGAAUAGUACCGCACAUGGUCAGGAUCAGAUAGUGCAUGGAUAUCUAUCCCAAAGCACUCCUGGUUCAUACGGUACAGUUCUUGUGGAAGGGAAUGACAAUCGUAAGCGUGAAUUUGCUAGUGAUCUCUCUGGGAUGCUUCCCACGCCCGUAACUCCCAAUACACAAUCCGGAAGGUGAUGAUUUGUUUGUUUAAACUUUCCAGAGCCCUACUAAUAUACAUA